AUGCCGGUUGUCGACCUCUCCGACCUGGAACCCCUUGAUCCGUUUCAGGAACCGUGGGAUGCCGAGAACAAGACGUUGUACAUCACCGCUACUCUAUACGGCACCGGGCCAAACGAUCCGCUUGAUAUGGACGACCACGAUAGACUAGGUCAAGAUCGACGUCGCCUCGAGAUCAACAUGAAGAUGCCGAAACCCCACGCACACAUGUCUGAUCUCGAGCUGGAAGAGUGGGCAGAUAAGUACGUCGAAGAUAUGACGAACGAUCUUAAGUCGUCACAACGAUGGCUUUGCCUCUUUUGUCAUGAACCUGCUCGCACCAUCGCGACGCAUUCAGUCCCGACCUUUGAGCCGAUACCGCUCAUCUUCUACUGGAUACAUGCUCUGUGCGACGUCCGACACGGGCCAUGUAGUCGGAAGUACAUUGAAUACUCGCAUGACAUGCACGAUAGCGUCGACCGGUCGAUGAUCUAUCACCCGCGUAAGGCAGUAGAACCGCAAAAAUAUCCGCGCUUUGGAACGUGUGCCGCGUGCGCAGACGAGCAUGCAUUCGGCGAGAACAUGGUUGUAUGCCCUCGAUGCAAGGUCGCAAGGUAUUGUAGCGAAAGACAUCUUCGUGCGUCAGAGCAGGACCAUGCACGGUUCUGUACUGCCAUUAGGGGUAUACAGUGGACGUGGCGUUGA